AUGGUUUCUUCAAACAUAAAACUUCUUUAUCAUCCAGAAUACUAUCAUGGUGAUGGUAUUGAAAAAAAUUUUUUCGAGGGUUGGUAUUUUAAAACAGUAUCAAACGAUGAUAAUGAACCAUUUAUCGUUAUAGUGGGGAUUUAUCGUGCUCCUUCGAGCAGUAAUAACAAUGAAUCCCACGCUUUUGUAAUGGUCCUUCUUUCCGGAUUUGAUUGUCUAUAUUAUCGAUAUGACGUUAGCGAAUUUGAAGCGAGUUCAAGUUCUGAUAUGGACUUUUAUGUAAAGAUCGGUAAUAAUAAAUUUCAAAAAAGUGGUAUAACACUUGAUCUUCCCUCUUCGCGACUAAUAAAGCCUUCUGAUAAGGAAUAUGAAGAAUAUUCCGAUUUAUUAGUUGAAGAUUGGGUUAAUAUAAUCAAUGUUAAAUCAUCAAAUCAUUCUAGUAUUGAAUCACAAUUAGUUGCUUCUCCCACCUUGAAACAAGAUCUUUUGAAAAAUAUCAUUCGUCAUAAAUUUAUUUCAUAUUCUAUACAUGGACAUAUUUAUUUUGAUAAAAUGGUACCAUUUCUUACCACAUAUGCUUUUCCAAGUGUUAUGGGACCCUUCGCCUACAUUCCUUUCUUAGAAUGUAAUCAUGGACUUUUAAGUAUAGAUCAUAGAUCUCAAGGCAAUAUAGAGUUAAUUAAUGAAGAGAAUAAAGAUGAUUUCAAAAAAAUUAUUUUUAAGAAUGGACACGGAUAUAUAGAGAAAGAUUGGGGUAUUGAUUUUCCUCGAUCUUAUAUUUGGGCACAAACCAAUAAUUUCAAGAAUGAAAAAGGGUCUUCAAUAUUAUUUUCUGUAGCAGAUGUACCAUUUAUGUCAUCAGAUAACCUACUUAGCAAGAUUCAUUUUCUUAAAAAGUCAUUACGUUAUCCUGGACGACUAAUCAUCUUUUACCAUGGGAGUACGAAUACUACAUAUAAUUUUAGUACUUAUACAUUAUCUUAUGUUCGUGAGUUUAAUAUAGAAAUGGACAAUUCUGCCAUGCAGCAUAUAAAUAUAUACGUUUCAAAUAUACAAGGAUAUCAUCUUAAAAUUAGCAUAAAACGUAGAGCUGGUAGAGGAAUUCCCUUACGUGCACCUGUAAAACAAUUUGAAAAGAUGUUUUUAAGAGUUGAGGAAAGUUUGGACGCUGAAAUGUCUGUAAAAUUGUGGAAAAAGCAACGAAAUCAUAAUGAAGCUGAAAAUGUUAUUUUUCAUGAUAAGUCUAUUGAUGCGGGAUUGGAGGUCGUUGGUAAUGUCAUGUGGAUUGCUAAAAAAUAUCAAAAAUGGUUGAUUUGA